AUGGAAAAAUAUAUAAGCAUCAACGAUUUGGAAGAAGCAGCCGCUUCUAUCCUACCCAAAGCUGCUAGAGAUUAUUACAAGAGCGGUGCAACGGACGAAUAUACAUUACAAGAAAAUAAACGCGCAUUCCAAAGAUUGCGAAUUCGACCAAAGUGUUUCGUUGGCUUAACUGAUUGCAACCUACACACAACUGUAUUAGGAAAUGAAGUAUCUAUGCCGGUAGGAAUAUCGCCCACUGCAAUGCAGAGAAUGGCCCAUCCUGAUGGCGAAAUUGCGAAUGUUAAAGCUGCGGAGAAAGAGGGUGUCAUUUUUACUUUAAGUACAAUCGCAACUAGUUCAAUCGAAGAAGUAGCGGAGGCUGCCCCCAAAGCAAUAAAAUGGUUUCAACUCUACAUUUACAACGAUAGGGAAGUAACAAGAAAUUUAGUUUUGAGGGCCGAAAGAGCAGGUUUUAAAGCAAUCGCACUUACAGUUGACACUCCGCUUUUUGGACUGAGGCGAGCGGAUGUUCGAAAUAAAUUUACUUUACCCCCUCAUUUGAGGCUUGCAAAUUUCGAAGGCCAUCUUUCUACUAAAAUCCAUACAUCCGGCGAAGGAAGUGGAUUAAAUACAUAUGUUAAUAAUCUUUUCGACAAGAGUUUGACAUGGGAUGAGAUAAGGUGGUUGAAAAGCUUCACAAAGUUGCCCAUUAUUGCAAAAGGCAUUCUCCGUGGCGACGAAGCUGUAAAAGCCGUUGAAGCUGGAUGCGACGCUAUUUUGGUUUCAAACCACGGAGCUAGACAAUUAGAUGGAGUGCCGGCAACGAUUGAAGUACUUCCAGAAAUAGUACAAGCGGUGAAGAAUUACGACGUGGAAGUGUACUUGGAUGGUGGUGUCACCACAGGCACUGAUGUCUAUAAAGCCUUAACGCUUGGUGCUAAAGCGGUAUUCGUGGGGCGUCCAGCUUUGUGGGGGUUGGCUAUAGGAGGACAAGCUGGUGUUCAACGCAUGCUCAACAUAUUUAGAACUGAACUGGAGUAUACAUUCCAAAUAGCAGGUACUCCAUCCGUAGCAGACAUAACUAAAGACAUGGUAGUCCAUGAAUCCAUCUAUAGUAAAUUG